AUGCCUGACUCUUCUGCUCCGACCACUUCAAAUCUUGUUUAUUUCGGCAGUCGAAUUGCUUCUGCUGCAAUAUCUAGACUACUUACCGCUCCAUUUCGCUGGAGGAGCUGGAAUGGCGCUCCAGUCGUAUACAAAGAUCAAGAGCCGAAACCCUUACAUCUGAAAGAGAAUGAUACUAUAGCUCAUUGGAUAGGAGAAGAAGAUGCCGAUAUCGUGAUCCUCUUCCUGCAUGGCGGUGGAUACACUCAACCAUGCUCACAUGGACACAUGCAAUACUUCCAUCGCCUAGUCACAGAUAUCAACAACCUACCCGACAGCACACUAUCCAUCACCGUCCUGCUUCUCGCCUAUACCCUUGCACCCGAAGCCCAAUUCCCAACCCAGCUUAAACAAGCCACCACUCUACUCUCCUACCUCUUAAAAGAAGGUUCAAGACCAGCUUCAUCCAUCCUGAUCGCAGGCGACUCAGCGGGCGGCGGCCUAUCCCUCUCUCUACUCUCCCAUCUCCUACAUCCACACCCCGACAUCCGCACUCUAAACCUCAACGCACCACUCCGAGGAGUUUUCCUCUACAGUCCAUGGGUAAGCUUCGAUACGUCCCAGGACAGCUACGCAAGGAACGCGCAGAAGGAUUCCCUUGUCCCGAACGUGCCUCGGAAAUGGGCGGGUAUGUAUCUCGGGACUGGGGAAGGGGAGGUCGAUCCUGGGAUCACGAUGGGAGGGGAUAGUUACAGCGAGCCGCUGCUCGGGAAUGCUUCGUGGUGGGAGGGCAUGCAUGAGGUUAUUAGAGAUGUGUGGAUCUUUGGUGGGAAAGAUGAGGUUUUUAUUGAUUCGAUGUAUGCUUUUCAGGCGAAGUUCUGUAUGGGUUGGGUGGCGGGUGGUGGGGUGGAGGAGAGAGUUGUGGUGGGGUUUGUGGAGGCGGAGGCGCAUAUUGGGCCGGUUAUGGAUGUUUUGCUUCAGUAUAAAAAGAAAAGUGUGACGCAGUUGAGGUUUGAAGAAUGGUUGAAGGGCUGUUUGGCUGAGGAAUCGACAUGA